AUGAUUGUCCGGCGGCUAGCUGCGCGCACAGGCCGCAAUGCGUUUGCUCACGGCAACGUAGCAGCGGCGCCUGCACGGCAAUGGCGCCGCUCGUUCGCAUCCGACGUCGACCUCCUCGAGCAUAGCGCCGAGAACUCGCUGAAGGAGACGCGCUCGAUUGAGACGGCGCUCAACAGCUCCAUGGAGCAGCCUGUGCCUACGUUCAACCCGAAUGCCGCACGCGACGCCGCUCUCACGGAUCCCACCGUCGCUGAGAAUUGGUACAACAGAAAGCACCUGGAACAUGUCCUUAAACCCGUCGGCACCGCGCCCGAACCACACUACCAGCCGCACCGACUGCUCACGAACCCGCCCCGACCGCAGGAUGUCACGCUCGAGCUGCUUCUCGCCUCGCAGGCACAUCUCGGCCACGCCACGUCGGUCUGGAAGCCGGCGAAUGCGCGCUACAUCUUUGGCAUCAGAGACGGCAUCCACAUCAUCUCGCUGGAUCAGACGGCAGCGUACUUGAGGCGGGCGGCGAAGGUGGUGACGGAAGUAUGCAAAAGAGGCGGGCUUGUGCUAUUUGUUGGAACGAGGAACGGACAGGACAGGAGCGUUGUCAAGGCGGCUCAGUUGGCCAAGGGCUGCCAUCUCUUCGAUCGGUGGAUUCCGGGCAGCGUCACGAACGGGCAGCAGAUUCUGGGCAGGUGCCAGCUGAAGGUGGUGGAUGAGCUCGACCGCGAGAUGACGGAGUUUGCGGACCAGCUGGUGGAUCGGGCGGUGCUGAAGCCCGACCUGGUCGUGUGCCUGAACCCGCUCGAGAACUACGUGCUCCUGCACGAGUGCGGACUCAACCACAUCCCCACCAUCGGCAUCAUUGACACGGACGCUGAUUCCACCUGGGUCACGUACCCAAUUCCCGCGAACGAUGACAGUCUGCGGUGCACCGACGUUAUUGCCGGAGUGCUGGGGAGAGCGGGCGAGGAGGGCCAGAAAAUCCGGCUAGAAGCGGCCCGCCAAGGCGUCGUAACAUACAGAUCGCCGGACCGGUUUGAGGCGCCUGAACAGUUUACUUCCAAGAACCAAGAGGCAGCAGGCCAGGCCGAGAAGCCGGUAGUAAGGCCGGGAGACGGGUCGUCUCUGGCGGGUCUCUCAGGGCGGGAGGCUAUCUAA